GUGAAAAGAUUCAGAUUCAGAAUCGAAUCGGCUGACUGGAAGAAAACUUUUUCUACAAACUCAUAUUCUUUUAAGCCAAACAAACAUUUAUUUUCACACGCCUUUAAACUACUUUGUAAAUAAAUUUAUUAUAAAACUUAAAUAUGGCAUCAUCUCCUUACCUCCCUCUAAGCGAGUCAUGUGCCAAAGCCUUGGGUGACAAAGUGUAUGAAAAAAGACGUUUGGCUUCGAAUGAAAUUGAUAAAACCGUAGCAGAAUUAAACAACAAAGGGAACACUGCACAAAUAAAGAAUCUAAUUGAGAUCUUAUCAAACGACUUUGCUAAAUCAAGAGAUCCAAAUCGACGCAAGGGCGGAUUGAUUGGUUUGGCUGCUGUUAGUUUAGGCUUAGGAAAGGACACUGAGAAAUAUGUUGGCGAUCUCGUUACUCCAAUACUCCAUUGCUUUUCGGAUCAGGACGUAAGAGUUCGAUACUUUGCCUGUGAAUCGCUGUACAAUGUCGCUAAGAUUGCAAGGUCAGCUAUUAUUCCAUAUUUUUCAUCGUUAUUUGGAGCCCUAUCUCAAUUAGUUACCGAUUCCGAUAAGAUGCUUAAAGAUGGAAGUGAAUUGCUCGAUAGACUUUUGAAGGAUAUUGUCACAGAAUCAUCACAAACUUUUGACCUUGAAGCUUUCAUACCACUUCUAAAGGAGAGGGUAUAUGUAAAGAACUCACAAGCACGUCAAUAUGUGAUUUCAUGGAUUUCCAUUUUGAAUGCUGUUCCAGAAAUCAAUAUGAUCUUCUACCUCACAGACAUUCUAGAUGGACUAUUUUGCAUGUUGGAGGAUAACACAAUCGAAAUUCAAAGAAUGUGUGAAGCUACAAUAGGUCAGUUUUUGAAGUCAAUUCGUUUGGAUUCGUCAUCGGUGAAAAUGGAAGACACAAUAAACAUAUUAAUCACUCACGCACAAUCCACUAAUGACCUCAUUAAAAAUAUCUCAAUCACAUGGAUUAAGGAAUUUGUACAGAUUUUUGGGUCGGAUGUUUUGCCUUUUGCUAGUGGAAUUUUUACAGCCACAUUGCCUUGUCUCGAAUAUAAUGUUGAGUCGAAAAAAAACAUCAAAGAAUGCGCUGCAGCUGUAAACACAUCGAUGCUUCAGUUAAUUUCGUCAAAAGAUCAAAAAAUCAACAAUAUAGCUAAAAUAGAUCUAAGAUCUGUUAUGGAGGUACUCAGGCAAUAUUUAACGCACAAUUCGGUACACACAAAAGUUGCCGUUCUUAAAUGGAUACAUCAUUUGUUUUUACAAAUUCCAAUUGAGAUGUCAUCACAUACCAACAAUUUGUUUCCAAUUUUACUUGGCAUACUAUCGGAUAACUCUGACGAAGUUGUACUCCAUUCUUUAGCUGUUCUAGCUGAAAUAGUAAACUCCAAACAUUCCAAUGAUUCAUCAGAUUUUAAUAAAACUCACUAUCGGAAAUUUUUAAUAAGUCUACUUAACUUAUUUAGCGAAGAAAAACAGUUUUUAGAAAAACGUGGUAGUCUCAUUAUCAGACAAUUAUGUGUCCUUCUGAAUGCCGAAUACGUUUAUCGGACAUUUGCGGAAAUAAUCGACGAAGAAACAACAAAUAUGAAAUUUGCUUCAAUGGUAGUUCGUUCGUUGAAUAUGAUUCUAUUGACGUCGUCGGAGCUUUUUGAACUGCGGAAUUCCUUGCGAGAUAUUGCAAACGAAAAGUCAGCUUCUUUAUUCAAAUGCCUUUAUAAGAGUUGGGCCCAUUGUCCGGUGUCAACGUUGUCCCUUUGUUUACUUGGACAGUGCUAUCAGCAUGUAUCGGAGUUGGUUGUUUUAUUUGGAGACUUGGAAAUAACUUUGGAACUUUUGAACGAAUUAGACAAAUUGGUUCAAUUAAUUGAGUCACCAAUUUUUGCAACUCUCCGUUUGACAUUGGUUUCGAAAGCAAAUAAAUGCGCUGAUGCUCAGCACUUGGCGCAUGCUUUGUUUGGUAUUCUUAUGCUCCUGCCGCAGACUGAAGCUUUUGAUAUGCUUAAAAAUCGAUUACAAUGUGUACCAAACUACUGGGGUCAAGUGCCAAUCGAUGGAAAACACUCUCUAGAAAGUAAGAGUAAAAUUAAUUUCAAUGAAUUACUUGAAUACUUUGAGAAAAUCCAAAAAUUACAUCGGGAGCAACGAAUGAUACAGAGAAAGCGCAGUGUUAUGCAAUCAGAAGCUUCAGCGUGACUUUUAUAGUAUUAUUAAAAAAUAUAUAUGUUCUUAAGACAAAGACGAUAACGAUAAAAACAAAACAUCAUCCGAAAUAUAUUAUGUAAUGUUUUGUUUUGUUUUAUUUUAAUUUUAAUUUUAUUUAAUUCACUUGCUGUGAUUAAGCUCAAGCUAAAUUGUUUCUUUUUGAGCUUUUAUUUUGUUUAUUAUAAUUUUAAAUGCACUUAUAAGAAAUGACUUAUUAAAAAUAAAAUAAAUAAAUACUAUUAUUAUAAAUAAAAUAAUUAUACUUUUUAUAUAUCAA